AUGAACCCCCAGUGCGCCCGCUGUGGCAAAGUCGUCUAUCCCACGGAAAAAGUCAACUGCCUGGAUAAGUACUGGCAUAAAGGAUGUUUCCAUUGUGAGGUCUGCAAAAUGGCUUUAAACAUGAACAACUACAAAGGAUAUGAAAAGAAACCAUAUUGCAAUGCACACUACCCAAAACAGUCCUUCACUACGGUGGCAGAUACACCAGAAAACCUUCGUCUGAAGCAACAAAGUGAAUUGCAAAGUCAGGUUAAAUACAAAAGAGACUUUGAAGAAAGCAAAGGAAGAGGGUUCAGCAUUGUGACUGACACACCUGAAUUACAAAGACUGAAAAGGACUCAGGAACAAAUUAGUAACGUAAAAUAUCAUGAAGAUUUUGAGAAGACAAAGGGCAGAGGUUUUACACCAGUGGUGGAUGAUCCUGUGACAGAACGGGUGAGAAAAAACACCCAGGUUAUGAGUGAUGCUGCAUAUAAAGGAGUGCAUCCACAUAUAGUUGAAAUGGAUAGAAGACCCGGAAUAAUUGUUGACCUCAAAGUUUGGCGCACAGAUCCUGGCUCCAUCUUCGACAUUGAUCCUCUGGAAGACAGUAUUCAGUCUAGGAGUCUGCGUAUACUUUCUGCCCCUGUGCUUCCUGGGGCAUAUCAACAAAGUCAGUCCCAAGGGUAUGGAUACAUGCACCAGACCAGUAUGUCAUCUAUGAGGUCGAUGCAUUCACAGCCACAUUCAGCAGGCUUGAGAACAUACAGAGCUAUGUAUGACUACAGUGCUCAAGAUGAAGAUGAAGUUUCCUUCAGGGAUGGGGACUAUAUCAUCAAUGUGCAACCAAUUGAUGAUGGCUGGAUGUAUGGUACUGUUCAGAGAACUGGGAAAACAGGAAUGCUUCCAGCAAAUUACAUUGAGUAUGUUAACUAA